GGCGCAGAACGCAGAAGGCAGCUCCCUCUCGGUGGUGAGGAAAGAUGGCGGGAGGGGAUUUUGGGAGCCGGCUGUAUUCGCUGCUGUUCCGCCGGACGUCCAGGUUCGCCCUGACCAUCGUGGUGGGGGUCCUGGUCUUCGAGCGGGCCUUCGACCAGGGCGGGGACGCCCUCUACGAGCACCUCAACCAGGGGAAACUGUGGAAACACAUCAAACACAAGUAUGAGACCGAAUAGGAGCCAGAGCCACCACGUCGCCGAGCUGCAGGGCCGGGCCCGACAGACCAGGACUGGCCACCCCCUGGCCACCGAGCCGCCCUCCGGGGCCUGUGAGCAACACCCCCGGCCCCAGCAGAGUCCUGAGCACUGCGUGGAGGAGAGCCGGCCCGGGCGGGACCGCCCCCCAAUAAAAUAUCCAUUUUCCUCAUG